AUGAACCUGAUUGGAAGAUUACGAUACAUCCUCUUCGUCGCAUUAGUGUCCAGUCGUAUCACAGCUGACGAGAUGAAAAUCGGACAUGCUGCCAAUGAUCAUGCCGUUAAUCGUCUCCUGGCGCACAUGCUAAUUAAGUCCGCAAAUGGUCGGAAAGUGUUCAUAGUGCAACAGUGGAAGGGGGGUGAGGGUGGUCGCUUGGCAGCCGAACGCGAAGCGUAUAAUGCAAUUAUUUCCAAAAGCCGAAGCUCGUCGCGGGAAGAGCGAGAUACCGAUUCGCACAACGAUCACCCUGGAUCUAGUGUAUCUUACGUGAUUCUCAUCCAGACUCCCAGGAAACGAGGCCUUAAUAUCCUGACGACCGAAGAUUUGCUGCUGCAUGUAGCCGUCAUGAGCAAUGCUAGUCAGCUAGAGGUUGAAGUCUUUGGAGAAAAAUGGUCUUUGACGGACUUGUGCUACAAACCGGCGUCCCCGAGUUUCGAGACGUCGCUAGGUCUGGACAUAAAGGAC